AAUUGUACCCAUUGACAAGUACAAUAAUCAUUCAUGUUCAAAUGGUUCUCUUAUCACUUCGUGUGUGCGCGCUGUUUAUCGCGAACAUUGACAUUCAUUUUGUUUAAGAAAGUGGAACAAUGAAGAUGAGUUUGUUUUAUAUUGCGGAACACGCCGCUCCUCAAUUGUUAUUUUAUUUGUGCUGUAUUUUUUAGUGUGGUGACUUGAAGAAGAGCUGAAUAACAUUAAGGAAUUCGUCAUCGUCGUCCAACGCGUUCUCGAAAAUGUGAUAUUCUGAACUCCACAAAAGCCAAAAUGUCUCAGCUGCAAAGCACUCGGGCCGAACGGAUGGCCCACUACAAGGAGGAGCGUCGCAAGCAAUUGGCGUCGCAGUUCGGUACGACGCCAAGCGAGUCUCAGCCGUCGGCGAAGAAACGUCCUAUUCACAAAGACGUCUCGAGCAGCUCGGAGGAGCCCCGUACGACGCGAGCUUCCAGAUUGCGUGCGGCUGCCGCCUCUCAAGAGGAGAAACCUUCCCAGCACAUGUCAAAUGGAAUUGAUGCUCAACGUAGUCUUAAAAUAGAACGCGAUAAAAGCGGUAAACGUAAGUCGAAUCUAAAUCGAGCGUUAAAUUCCGAAGAAGUUCCUCAACCAGAUUCAACAGCCAUGGAUUUAUGAAGAUUUUGUUUUGUU